AUGGAUUUCACAAAUGCAAAUCACAAUAAUGGGGAAAUAUUCAUGUUUCAAUCUUCAAGUCCACCAAAAUUGACACAACCAACUCCUCCUCCGCCAACGGUAAUUCACAAGGCAAAGUAUAAGCGUAACAGUAUAUCCAAGAGUCCUGAUGAAGCUAGACAAAAACGUAUCGAGCUUGACGCGCAAGCUCGAAGAAAACAUCGUGAGCAGCUUAUUACUGCUAAGCGAAUUAAACAUAAUUUGGAUGCUUACAAAGACGAUGAUGCUGAAUCCGAAUUUGAUCUGACUCAUCAAGACAUUGAAAGGUUGAAAUCUGGCUUAAAUGAUUCAAAUCGUGAAUCACGCCUUUCAAGUCUUAAAGACUUGUGCACAUACCUUGCGGAUCCUCCAGACACCUUGAGACAUUUUGUUGUAAAUGAUAACUGUAUCGAUAUUCUGAUAAAAUUCUUAUCAGGUACUGAUCCAGAUGAACAGUUACAAGCAACUUGGUGUAUCACAAAUAUUGCCGCGGGUCCCAAGGAAUUUUGUCAAAAAGCGUUUACAGCAAUCCCACAUUUAAUUGCCUUUCUUCGUGGUGAAACUAUUUCGUUACAAGAUCAAGCUGCCUGGGCAAUUGGCAAUCUCGCAGCAGAAGCACCUGAAUGUCGAGAUUUACUUCGUGCAAACGGAGUCUUGGUUCCUUUAAUUGAAUUGCUUAACUCCAAGAAUGUGACCCUUGCUCAGACAAUAUGUUUUGCACUUUCCAAUCUUGCACGUGGCCCAAAUGCAAACUUGGAUGAAUUUUUCUCAGCGGGCAUAACUCAGCAUCUUUUGUUUUAUCUAGGAGCUGAGGAAAUGAAUGAAGUUGUCUCUGAGAUUUCUUGGGUAUUAACGUACUUGACCAGCUCAGAUGAUGACAAAUAUACACAAAUAUUGUUGAAAGAAGGAAUCGUACCACUCCUAGUAAAGCAUAUGCGCCCUUUUAAUCAUGGUCCUCUAGCACUUCCAUUGAUUCGUACAUUCGGUAACAUUGCCAGUGGACCGGAUGACAAUACUGACAUUUUGAUUCAGCAGCCUGACUUUUUACCUGCUAUGCUCGAAUAUAUUCAAAGCGAUUGCAGACCCGUCAAAAAGGAAAGUUUAUGGGUCAUGUCCAAUAUUACAGCAACUCGUCGUCCAGAAGUUUUGAUCAAAGUAUUUAAUGCUGGAUUUAUUCCAAUUCUCUCAACUAUUGCUACGCAUACCAAUUUUGACAUUCGUAAGGAGGCCGCAUAUAGUUUGCUAAACAUUGCUUCACAUGGAGAAGAAUAUAUGAGAUCUUUACCUCAUCAGGAUCUUUUACCAGGAUUUCUAGAAUUCGUUCGUUCUCAAGAUAUGGAUUUGAUACGUUUGGGAUUAGGAUACAUUGAAUUGCUAUUAACUCAAGUACAAAAUGGCCAACAACUCAUUGAGCAGAUGCAUGGUAUCGAUGCGUUAGAGUCAGUUACAUUGCUGGAAGAACCGUCACUGCGUGACACAUCUACUCGCUUAAUGGAUAAAUAUUUUGGUGAAGACUUUUAUUCUAACAUCAACGAAGUUCAACUAGUUGAAUAA